AUGGCUAGCGCUGCAACUGAAUCCGGCCAAACUGUAGACCCCUCUAAAAGUAAGGAAACGCCUACCCAAGCGGCAGGAAUACUUACGCCGGACACAACCCCUGCUCCUGACGACGCUAGAAAUGCUGCGGAACAGGCCCGGAAAGCAGCGGGAAUAGAACAUGAAAUCCAACGCAUCUUGCAAAGUGAUUCCGAUCUUAGUACCCUUGGGGUUGAUCAGAAUUCAACCCCUGAGGAUCGCCUACAUGCUUUGAGGACGCUUGGUUGCAAGAUCCAUCAUGAACACAGUGGAUACGGCAGUACAAAAGCGCGAAAGGAAGAGGCGGAGAAAGCCCUCAAGAAGCUUUGCGAUGCGGCGGAAAAUCUCGGCGUUGAGUCUCCCUAUGCCUCAGCGGUCUAUCACUGGGAUGGCGAGAAGAACCUUAUGGCAGAAGACUCAGAUGAUGAAGAUGAUGAAAAUGAUUCGGCGAAUAGAAUGGAUCAGGACUCCGUCCCCGUACCUAUCGAGUCAGUUCGCGUCCCUGAGCCUCCCGAGUCAGUCCACGAAAUUUACAAAAAGGCAACACCAUUUGUACAGCAACUGGCCACCGAUCCUGAUGAUAAGGACUCCCAUAACGGCAUAGCGGCCCUUAAUAUAGAGAUUAUAAAGGCUACCAAAGAGUACAAUGAGUUACACAAGGAUGAUAAAGCGAAGAAGGUUUCUAAAACGCAGUGGGAAAUACCCUUAAGAUUCUUUCAGGAGCAUUAUUCACUGGCGGUAACAAAUUACAAUAUUUUUAUGACAGACCCGAAUAACGACGAAGCAAGAGAGAAAGUAGAAACCGAGACGAAGCUGAUAUACGAUUCAGUCAUGAAAUAUCACUGGCCUGAGGAUUGGAUUUUGUAUCUAACUUUGCCGGAAAAACCCUCUUCUCCCUCUAAUACUAAUGGGCCGUUUCAAUAUCCAUGGCCCACUCUGCAGACUGAUGACGGAAUCAUUGUAGGCGUGAGGGAGCGACGGGUUGGCGGACCUCAAGUUUGUGUUGAAACCACUACAACAGACGGCCGCAUUGUACGGAGGCUUGAAAGCGCGUCAGAUUUCGGACUGGCUGAAGUAGAGCGCUAUAUGCAAAUUCCCAAUUACAAAUCCUUGUCUAAUGCUGCUCCUACACUGGGUUACAAUGUCAAAAAUUAA